UUAAAGUAAUUAUUCUUUUUUUGGGUUUGUUAACAAUGGGGCGAUCUAGACUGUUUGAGCAGCUGGCUUGAGAGCCGGGUGCCCGAGUCCAAGCCCCCGGCAACCCACUCUGUCUGGUGUCCAAAACAGAACACCUAAAAGCUCCAAACGCACCGCACGCACAUCUGGCAGCCGACUGUAAACAAACUGAGGCUAUGUUUCAGAGCCACGCCGGUUGUUGAACUCUUGACACUUGACUGAGAAUAGAUAAUCGCCCGCGGGUUCAAUACGAAUCAGCGAAUCUAUCGAGUCAGCACUACUGGGAAUUCAAUCCGGGAGAGUCAACGCAACGCGCCACAUGUAUGCCUAUAAGAUGGGUCGAGUUCCCGAGCUGGUUAUAUGCUCCUUCAUAGUGGUCAGCCUGCUGGUCAUACACUUCUUUUCCGACUUACUGAGAGCCUCUUUAGGUGGCUACUACAACAAAGAUGUGACUCUUUCUCAGCUGGUAGAGUCACAGAGUUCAGACUACGCCUGGCUGCUAAAGCUAAUAGUCAAUUGCUUUGGUUACAGCUGCGUCUUUGUGCCGGGUUACUUGAUCUACAAAUAUGUGGGAAGGAUAAACUAUCUGGAGAAAGGCAACAAGACCUUUCUGCACAGAGCCAUAAACAUGUGCAUCACUGGAAACUCUGGAUACGAUCAAUUGGAUGCGGGAAGUAGUUCGGCAGAUAAGGAACGCCCGGCGGCAUCUGUUGCGCCGAAACGAACAAGUUCACAGGAGGCAGUGCAGCUUUUAUGGUGCUUUGGCGGUUUAAUGAUCUCCUAUCUCACUUGGGGCGUACUGCAGGAGAAGAUAAUGACGCAAAACUAUCUAAACUUCGCUGGAGAAAGUGCCAAGUUCAAGGACUCCCAGUUCCUAGUGUUCUCUAACCGUUUACUAGCCUUUCUCGUCGCCCUGGCCUAUUUGCAGUGGCAGCCCUCACCUGUGCGACAUCGAGCCCCAUUGUACAAGUACUCCUACGCUUCGUUCUCUAACAUAAUGAGUGCCUGGUUCCAGUACGAAGCACUGAAAUUUGUCAACUUCCCCACCCAAGUUCUGGCCAAAUCCUGCAAGAUCAUACCAGUGAUGCUGAUGGGUAAACUUAUGUCCAAAGCGAAGUACGAAAGUUAUGAGUAUGUGACGGCCCUACUCAUUUCGCUGGGCAUGAUAUUCUUUAUGAGUGGCUCUUCGGACAGUAGCAAGGCCAGUGGCGUGACCACGCUCACGGGCAUUUUCUUGCUCUCUAUGUACAUGGUCUUUGAUAGCUUUACCGCCAAUUGGCAAGGAUCGCUCUUUAAGAGCUACAGUAUGACGCCACUACAGAUGAUGUGUGGCGUUAAUCUGUUCUCCUCCGUCUUCACUGGAGCCUCUCUGUCCAUGCAGGGAGGAUUCAUGGACUCGUUGGCAUUUGCCACAGAGCAUCCAAAGUUCGUGUUUGAUAUGGUUGUGCUUUCGGUUUGCUCAGCGGUCGGCCAGUUGUUUAUCUAUCACACAAUUGAUGUUUUUGGACCAGUUGUGUUUACUAUAAUAAUGACACUGCGUCAGGCCGUAGCCAUUAUGCUCUCCUGCUUCAUUUACCAGCACAGUAUUUCACUGCUGGGAAUCUUCGGCGUUCUCAUUGUCUUUGUGGCCAUCUUCCUAAGGGUCUAUUGUACCCAGCGUUUGCGGGCCAUACGCAAGCGAGCCGAAGCUAAUAAACCCAAAAUGGCUGUCUAAGGACGUGGACAUGCCCCGAAUACAACGCACAGACUUCCUAGCUCAGCCUAUUUUAUUGUACUGAUAGUAGCUCAUGGUAGAACCUACUUCCAAAGCCUGAACCGAGGCUACUUGGUGUCCCCAAAAAUUGUACAGUUUUGUUUUCAUAGUUCUAAGUUGAAUGUAUACUUGUAUCCUAAUCGUAAGUGUAGACGCGUAAACAAACGAUUUGUGUGCUUAAAUAAAAUUUUUAUAUGUAUGUAUAACGCAAA